GUGGCGGCGUCUCCCGGUCGCUCGAUCGAGCGCCAGUGUCUGAUCCGUUCCCCGUGUACGCGGUCCGAUCAGCCUCGAGCCAGCUUGCACGUUGCCGACUCGUUCGUCUCGACUCUCGACCUCUAACUCCGCGUUUCUGGCCUGCAGAUCGUCUUGUUUGCUCUGUCGGAUGCCCCGACGAGGCCAUAACGUUGGAUUUCUCAUCGCAGCACAUGGAUAUCGAUCAGACGGUCCGGAGCACCGACAGUCGGACUGAGGCCGCUCGAGUCUGUUUAUCCGGCCCGGCCUCCUCCUCGUCUCCUCCUCUAGGCCUCUCACCUCCCUCCUCAUUACCCCCAGGCUCCGGUCGGCUUUGCUUUCGACUUUCCACCUACCACGAGGAUCAUACGACAGAAUGGCCGCUGAAUUACCUAUCCCCGUGUACACCUCUCUGACCGACGUCCUCGGCGACCUACAAACAGCCUCUGUCCAAGCCUCGCGAUGGAACGAUGUGGUGGAGGAGUUUGAGAAGCGAUUCGGCAAGAAGCCAGCGUACAUCGCUCGAGCGCCCGGGAGGGUCAACUUAAUUGGCGAUCACAUCGACUACGUUCUCUUUGGAUGCCUUCCGGCUGCUGUCGAGCAGGAUAUCCUCUUCGCCUGCGGUCCUUCGUCUCAAGCAUCCGCGGGCAGCGUCGCCGCACAUAACCUCAAUCCCAAAUUCGCCCCGCAGAACUUCACCCCCAUGUUGAAGAGCGCUCCGAUACCGUCUGCGACGGAGCAGAAGGAGGCAGAGAAGGCUGUCAAUGCAGAGAGUUGGGACCUCGACAUCAACACGAAGGAGCUGCGGUGGGAGAGCUACGUCAAGGCUGGCUACUAUGGUGUACUCAACCACUUCUUCCCGCCCUCCUCGAAUGAGCGACCGGUACCGAUUGACAUUCUGGUCACUGGCUCUGUUCCCGCUGGUUCAGGGCUUUCAUCGAGCGCCGCCAUGGUCGUAGCGUCGACACUCUCGUUCCUCGCCGUGAACAACAAGCUCGGCGAACUGACGAAAGGCCAGCUGGUCGAGAUGGCGAUGGAGAACGAACAGCGCGUCGGAGUGAACAGUGGCGGCAUGGACCAGGCCGCGUCGGUCAUCUCGAUGCCAUCAUCGGCGCUGUACAUCACGUUCUUCCCCUUCCUGCACGCGGAACCGAUCCUCCUGCCCGUCCUGCGCACCAACCCGCGCGCCGUCUUCGUCUGCGCAAACUCGCUUGUAGUCAGCGACAAGGCCGUCGGCGCGAAGACGCGCUACAACCUGCGCGUCGUCGAGACGCUCGCCGGCGCGCGCAUCCUCGCGCGCCACCUCAACGUCCCGCUGCAGCCCACGGAGCGCCCGCCGCUCCGGAUCGUGCUCGGGCGGUGGCUCGGGUACACCGAGACGAAGGGCCAGCCGUCCGAGCUCGACACGGACAAGCUCAAGGACGGCCUCAAGAAGGUGCUCGCGGAGGUGGAGAAGCUCCGCCCCGCGGGCAGGGCCGACGGCGAGGAGCUGGGGCUCACGAUGGAGGAGAUGAUCAAGGAGAGCGGGCUCGACAAGAAGACGUUCUAUGAGGUGUACUUGAGCUGGGUAGAGGUCGAGGCGACGCACUUCCAGAUCUACAAGCGCGUCAAGCACGUCUUCGAGGAGUCCCUGCGGGUCAUCGAGUUCCGCGCGGCGUGUCUCCGCGCGGCGGACGCGGCGCAGACCCCGGACGGGGCCCUCCCGGAAAGCGUGCUCCGCGAGCUGGGCGACCUCAUGGACACGUCGCACGAGAGCUCGAGCAAGACCUUGGAGAACUCGUGCCCGGAGGUCGACGAGCUCGUCCGCAUCGCGAAGGAGGCCGGAGCGUACGGCUCGCGGGUCACGGGUGCGGGCUGGGGCGGAUGCACGGUGUCGCUCGUGGCGGAGGAUAAGGUGGACGCGUUUAUUGAGCACCUCGUGGCGCAUUACCCGGCGUACAAGGGUCUUGAGGGCGAGGCGCUGAAGCAGGUGAUCUUUGCGACGAAGCCGAGUAGUGGGGCGUGUGUGCUCAAGCUCGAGUAAAGGCGAAUGGUACGAUUUUUAAGGAGGAAGAAUGUACUAAGAGUAUGUAUGUACUUAAUAAUAUCGGUGCUUGUAUCCUUUGCCCCCGUA